GCGUGCAGCCCCGCUUGCUGCCAGCACGCUUGAAGAAAGGCCUGGAUCGUGUGAAAGAAGAUCCAAGGGUUGUUUCUCUGCUUGCCGCAGCGGACCUGGACUUCUCUGCCUGCGUUGAGAGCCCCGGCCUACUCUCCGACUUGGACGAGAGCAGCUUGGGAGGGCAACUCGAUCCUUUCGGCGAGCUUGACUUGAGCGUGAUGGACCUCCUGGUUCGCCGUGCAUUGGCAUUCUCCCUUGUCAAGGCCAGCUUUACAGAUCCGCUGCCACUCGAAAAGCUGGCUGUGGCGGUUUCGCAGAAGUACUCCUCCGUCGGCGACAUGAAGAAGGCUUCUGAAGGAGAUGAGUUCAUGUUCGUGGCGGAAGAGGUGGCCUCUGCGCUCAGGAUGGAACCUGCUAAGAUCAUCCUGGCCGAGGUGGAGGGCGGCGACAUCGAAGAAGAUAUGGACUCGUUGAAUUUCGGGCUCUUCACGCGGAAGCCUUCCCCAACGAAGCUUCUGUACCAGUCUGUGCCGGUGAUAUGGGUAACACUGAUCAACAUGUGGCCGGGUUUGCUGUCUCAGUACCUCCAAAUGAUUUGGUGCCAACCGGUGCAGGAGGAGACCGGAGUGGUUCAGCGGCUCCUCCCCCAUCCUGACCUGCAGUGCUGGAUGCUCCAGCUUGAUUGA